AUGAAUAGAGAUAGCAGUUACUUCAUUCUUCGAUCGUACUGCGAAAUAACGUAAAUUCGAAGUGGUUUGUCGUCGAUCGUUCGCGUUCGAUCGAUUUCUGACACCUCGCGGAUUAUUCGAAAGAUUCGAGACAAGCCGAGAGAUACCGAUAAGUCAAUAAGCGAGCCCGGUGUCAGGCCAAAGGGAACAAAGUCCAAACUGCAACAGUGA